AACAAAUACAAUAACAUAGUAUGUUUCUCAUUAUAUGUGCAUUAAUGAUUUUAACUGAAUCAAAAUAUGUUCCUGAACCCUUUGUUGUAAAUGGAAAUAAAGUUGAGUAUGAAGAUGAAUUCCCCCACGCAGUUUUUAUAGCUGUAAUAAAUCCUAAUGGAGCUUUUGGUUGUGGCUCUUCAAUGUUAAAUCAGAAAAUACUUUUAACAGCAGCCCAUUGCAUAGAUUACUAUGAUGAAAUUGAUUACAUUAAUGCCUUUGCUGGAAGUCUCCGCCGCUACAGAGGAAUAAAAAUUCGUGUUUUAGCAUUUACAAUUCACGAAAAAUUUAGUAGCGCGCUAAUGGGAAAUGAUAUAGCUCUUGCCUUAUUAAAAGAAAAUCUUCCAUUAGGGGAUCACGUUGCACGUGUUUCAAUACAGCGGUCUCUGCCCAAUGAACAUUUUGGUUACAUUGCAGGUUGGGGCUUAACUAACGAGAUUAAAAAAAAAAGGACAGCGUGGUUACACUCAACUCGUCAAACAAUAUGGUUGGCAAACGAAUGUCGGUACGAAAUGAGGGUACCAAUAGGCUGUAUAUGUGGAGGCGAUUUGGACGCAGAAAAUUAUCCGUCAUAUGGAGACUCAGGCAGUGCUCUAGUUGUGAAAGACUACAUUCAAGUUGGAAUCGUAUCCUACAAAAACGCAGCUCAGUCAAGAAGUUUGAGUGUGUAUACAGAUGUAUCAUAUUUCUACGAAUGGAUAAAGUCUAAUUCCCGUAAAUUGUAUUGUGGAAAUGUAAAAAAUCUUUUAUAA